AUGCAAGCCAAACAUAGAAAUAUCAUCCUACUUGGGUUAUACCGAGAAAAUCAAAAUGAAGAAGACCUGUAUUCCAUUUCUGGAUAUCAUCAAGAUUCCAAAACAAACUUAGUCAUCUUACAAAAAGAUUAUUUGGGUAAUACUUCAGAUCAAGCUUGGAAUUUCUUAUCUUCAGGAAAUUUUGAGUCUGAUAUUGAUAUUGAUAUUGACUUAAAAGUUAUUGAAGGAUAUAAUUAUAAAAAAAUGGUUAAUCAUAUUAAUGAACAAAACGAAUUACAAUUAAAUAAUUCAUUUAUUGAAAUUUUUGAAAUGGAAUCAAAAUUCACUCAAACUAUACAUUUAUUCUUUGAUUAUUUAUUUAGAAUUAUGGAUGAAUGUAAACCAGAUAUUUCACCCAUCAAUAAUGAGGCUCACUAUCCGAACAAAAAAGCUUUAAUGGAUUACUAUAAACAAUUAAGACAUUUAUCUGACAAAGAAUUGGCAGAAGUUAAAGAAAAAGCUUUGAUUACUAACGAUGGUAAGUUGCCAAUAUAUGGAGGUCAUUUAAGAGAAAACUAUUUAGAUGAAAUGGUUAGAACUAAAGAUAUGUUAGGUAGAUAUCUUAAGUUAUCAGAUAAAGAGGUUGCUAGUUUAAAGAAAUCACAUUCUGCUUUCUUAAAUAAAAUGAUGAAUGAUUGGCCUGAUGAUUUAUUAAUACAAAAUAAAUUUAAUGAUUUUAUGAAAGGUGAUGGUAUUGUUUACUUAGCUGGUGGUAAAUAUAAUCAAUUGGUUUUCUUAUCCAUCAAGAUUUUGAGAUCAAAUGGGUCAAGAUUACCUGUUGAAGUUAUUAUUCCAAAGGCUGCAGAUUAUGAUAUUCAAUUCUGUGAACGUAUUUUACCUACCCUUAAUGGUAAAUGUAAAUUAAUGACUGAUUAUUUACCAAGAUAUUUCAACAAUAAAAUUGAAGGCUUCCAAUUGAAAAAUAUUGCCCUCUUAAUCUCUUCAUUUGAAAGAGUUCUCUAUCUUGAUGCUGAUAAUUUACCUAUUAGAAAUCCCGAUGUUUUAUUCAAUAAUAAACCGUUCACUGAUAAACAUUUGGUAUUGUGGCCAGAUUUUUGGAGACGAUCUACUUCCCCAACCUAUUACGAAAUUGCUGAUAUUCCAAUUGAUCCAAACUUCAUGGUUAGAAAUUCUUAUAUCAAGGGAGACCCAAGAGGUGCUCCAACGGAUCCUUCCCACUACUCAUUACAUGAUACCAAGAAUUCAAUUCCAGAAGCAAGUUCUGAAACUGGUCAAUUAUUAAUUAACAAACGUCAUCAUUUCAGAACUUUGGUAUUAGCUAUGUAUUAUAACUACUUUGGACCAGACUAUUUCUAUCCCUUAUUCAGUCAAGGUGCUGCUGGUGAAGGUGAUAAGGAAACUUUUAUUGCUGCUGCUCAUAGAUUAGAUUUACCUUAUUAUCAAGUUAAUGAGUUCAAUAGAGAAUUUGGUCCAAUGAAUGCUAAAAGCAAAAAGAGAGAACUUUUCGCUAUGGGACAAUAUGAUCCAAUUAUCGAUUAUAUUCAAUCAAAUGAUGAACCAGACCCUGUGGCUGAAGAAGACCUCAAAAAGAAAAAUAAAAACAGUCAACAAGAACAUUUACAUAAAUCAGAUUAUUAUAGUGAACUACCUUCAAAAUAUGCCAGACAUGCUUUUGAUGAUACGUGUGACAACUAUGACUUCCAUUUAUUUAAGUCCUCAUCUUUAUUCUUCUUACAUGCAAAUUGGCCAAAGUAUUACUUGAAUGAAUUAUUCGUCCAAAAAGAUGAUAGAUCUAAACUUGUGAUCAACGAUGGUCCUAGAACAACAAGACUCUAUGGAAAUGAUUUAUUAAAAGAAUUGAAUGGGUAUGAUUUUGAACUUACUAUUUUUAAGAGUUUGAAAUGGUGUUAUUGUGAAGAGCCAUUGAUUGAUCUUAUGAACGUUCCAUUAAGUGGGACUGAUGAUAGAAAGAAAGCUUGUCAUGAAAUCGAAAGACAUCUUCAAUUCUUGGAAAGCUCUAAUGUAAAAGCUUAG